AUGAAGGUAAAGGUGUUUCAUAGAGAAACAAUAAAACCUUCAUCACCAACUCCUCAAAGUCUUAGAAGUUUCAAGCUAUCUCUUAUGGAUCAGUAUGGUCCAGUUAUGUACACCCCACUAGUUCUCUUUUACCCAAUCAUCACAGAUCAACAAAAUAAUGCAAUUGUUGCUGAAGAUCAAAGAUCCGAUCAUCUCAGAAAAACUUUAUCAGAAACUCAAACUCACUUCUACCCAUUAGCAGGAAGAAUCAGGGGCAUCUCUAUGUCGAAUGCAACAAUGAAGGAGCUGAAUUUGUUGAAGCAAGAAUCAAUCAAUUGCUCCCUGUCAAAGUUUCUUGAAAACCCAGAUCCUGAUAUGCUUAGGGAAUUCCUUGCAAUUGGUAUUGAAAGUGAAGAAGCAGAGACAGGAUCUCUGUUAGUUGUCCAAGCCACUUUCUUUGAAUGUGGUGGAAUGGCAAUUGGUUUGGCCAUAUCUCAUAAGCUCACUGAUGCAGCCACAUUGAGCGUGUUCCUCAAUACCUGGGCCUCAACCGGCUCUCUCGAUGGUCAUCAACAAGUUUUGGCUCCUGAAUUUGGGAGGUACGAUUUCGAAGCUGAAAAGAUUGAAGCUCUGCGGUUUAAAGCUGCCAGUGAAAGUGUCAAAAACCUAACCAGUGUUGAAGCAGUUUCUGCACUUCUUUGGAAAUCUGCACUCCAAGCAUCAAGAUCAAAUGCAGCAGGGGUUUCAGGACCCUCUGUUUUCUGCCAGAGAGUGAAUAUUCGUCCGAGGGUGGUUCCGCCAUUGCCGGGAAACAUUGUUGGGAAUCUUGUUGGGUAUUUUUCAGCGAAGAUGGAAGGGAGUGAGACUCAUGUUGAUCUGAGAAGCCUGGUUGCUAAGUUGAGGAAAGGAAUGGAGGCACAUGAAGAACUCAAGGAGUAUGAAAACUUGGUUAAAGAUGAGGAAAUUUUCAACUACUGCUGCAGCAGUUGGUGUAGGUUUCGAUUCUACGAGGCGGAUCUCGGAUGGGGGAAGCCAACAUGGGUGAGUAUUGCUGGUAUUGAAUUCAAGAAUACUAUUGUUUUGAUGGAUUCAAGAGAUGGAAGUGGUAUUGAAGCUUGGUUGAUGUUGAAAGAAGAAGACAUGGUUUUAGUUGAAAGCAAUAAGGAGCUGCUUGCUUUUGCUUCUCUGAAUCCAAGGGUCUAA